GUGUGUUGUCAUAUGUCAUUCAUUACGCAUAAGUAACUGUCAUUUGAUUCUUUAAUUUUUUCUCCAUUUUAAUCAAAGCGGAAAACUUAUGCGUUAAAAGAUGUCGAUAUUAGCUAGUCCUCUAUCAGUAGCCGGUUCAAGAACCACCGGAGCUUCAGUUCGUACCCAAAAUGUCAUGGCAGCAUCUACAAUUGCCAAUGUAGUAAAAAGCUCAUUGGGUCCAGUAGGAUUAGAUAAAAUGUUGGUUGAUGAUAUUGGAGAUGUGACCGUAACAAACGAUGGAGCCACUAUUCUGCGACUUUUGGAAGUAGAGCAUCCUGCUGCUAGAGUUUUAGUUGAAUUAGCCCAGUUACAAGAUGAAGAAGUCGGUGAUGGCACCACGUCCGUUGUAAUAAUAGCUGCAGAAUUACUUAAAAAUGCUGAUGAGCUUGUUAAACAAAAAAUUCAUCCUACUUCUAUCAUCAGUGGUUAUAGAUUGGCUUGUAAGGAGGCUUGUCGGUAUAUUCAAGAUCAUUUAACCAUACCAGUAGAGGAAUUGGGGAAGGAGUGUAUUAUAAAUGUCGCCAAGACAUCUAUGAGCUCAAAAAUCAUUGGAGCUGAUGCUGAUAUUUUCUCACAAAUCGUCGUUGAUGCCGCUACCGCCAUCAAAGUAACAGAUUCGAAGGGUAAUGCCAUGUACCCCAUUAAAGCUGUCAACGUCCUUAAAGCGCACGGUAAGAGCGCUAGGGAGAGCUUUUUGGUUGCCGGAUAUGCUCUUAAUUGUACAGUCGCCAGCCAGGCCAUGCCCAAGAAGAUCCUUAACGCCAAAAUCGCCUGUUUAGAUUUUUCUUUGCAGAAGGCUAAGAUGAAGAUGGGUGUACAAGUCUUGAUCACCGAUCCCAAUCACCUGGAAGGGAUCCGCUCCAGGGAGCUGGACAUCACCAAGGAGCGCAUCCAGAAGAUCCUGGCGACGGGAGUGAACGUCAUCCUAUGUUCCGGGGGUAUUGACGAUCUGUGUCUCAAGUAUUUUGUAGAAAACGGCGCCAUGGGGGUGCGUAGGGUUAAAAAAGCCGAUUUGAAACGUAUCGCUAAAGCUACGGGCGCCGCUUUUGUCACUUCACUCAGCAACAUGGAAGGGGACGAAACAUUCGAUGCCAAUAUGGUCGGCGAGGCAGCUGAGGUCGUACAAGAAAGAAUAUCCGAUGACGAACUUAUCAUUAUUAAAGGCCCCAAAGCCCGCACAGCCGCUUCAAUCAUCCUUCGCGGACCCAACGACUUUUACUGUGACGAAAUGGAGCGCUCAGUGCACGACGCACUCUGCGUCGUCAAACGCGUCCUCGAAUCAAAAAGCGUCGUCGUGGGAGGCGGUAGCGUCGAAGCGGCAUUGUCAAUCUAUCUGGAGAACUUUGCAACAACGCUCAGCUCCAGGGAGCAACUUGCCAUCGCUGAAUUCGCCAGAAGCUUGCUGGUAAUUCCCAAGACGUUGGCCGUUAACGCUGCCCAAGACGCGACUGAUCUAGUGGCCAAGUUGAGGGCAUACCAGAACUCCAGCCAGACCAAAAAGGACCAUGCACAUUUGAAGUACGUCGGAUUGGAUCUUAUUGAAGGUACCGUACGGGAUAACAGAAAAGCUGGAGUCUUGGAACCGACUAUGUCAAAGAUCAAAUCUUUGAAAUUCGCUACUGAAGCCGCGAUUACCAUCUUGAGAAUCGAUGAUAUGAUAAAAUUGGAUGCCGAACAGAAGGGCGGUGGUAAAAGUUACCAUGACGCCAUGGAUAGCGGAGAAUUAUAUGAUUAAUUAAAUAAAAAAUUAAUUAUUUAACGUAUUACUAAUUUAUGGCUAUAGCAGAAGAAAGCU